AUGUUUGGUUAUUCCAUUGAUUUUUAUCAGCAUGAAGGAAUGACACUUUUACUUGUUGGUUCACCAAAAGCAAACAGUGGUGCCAAACAACCAGGUGUCAAAAAUGGCGGUGCUGUAUUUCGAUGUUCUGUGGAAAAACCACUGUGCUCUGAAAUUUUUCUCGAUCGAAAAGGUAACGAGAAACGACUUAAUGGAUCUCAUUUGUUACAAAUUGAAGAGAAAUCAGGUCAAAUGCUUGGUGCUACUGUUAGAGUAUCCAAGAAAGGCAAUUCUGUCGUGGUUUGUGCACCUCAUUACAAAUAUUUCUUUUCAAAAUUUGAAGUUAUUGAACCUGUUGGAACAUGUUUUUAUGCAACAAAUGGUUUUGAAACUAUUGAAGAAUUUGCUUCAUGUCGUCAAGAACCUGCUCGUCAUGGCCAUCAUCGUUUUGGAUAUGGAAUGUGCGGUUUUAGUGCAACAAUCCCAGAUGAUGGUAAUGAAAGGUUGUAUAUUGGUGCACCUGGUGCAUAUUAUUGGCAAGGUACAAUUUUUGCUCAAAAUAUUCGCAAUCAAUUAGAUCGACCAAAUACACAUGAUGGUCCAGCACAUCAUGAUAAUUAUAAUCUUGGCUAUUCAUUAGCAGCAGGUGAUUUUGAUGGUGAUGGUUUAGAAGAUGCGGUUGCUGGUGUACCACGUGGUAAUGAACUUGUUGGUGCUGUUUAUAUUUUCAAUCAUAAAUUAAUAUCAUUGAAAAAUUUAACUGAUAAAAACGGUCAAAAAGGUCAAUUCUUUGGUGCUGCUGUAGCAGUUACCGAUUUAAAUAAUGAUGGCUACGACGAUAUUAUCGUUGGUUCACCAUUUUAUACUGAUUACAAAACAGUAAUGGAUGUAAAAACUCAAGAACAUAAGCCUCGUUACGAUAUUGGCAAAGUUAUGGUUUUCUUUCAAGGAGCAGAUCAUGAUUUUCCAAAAUGGGAAUCAUUACUGGGACAUACCGAAUGGUCACGAUUUGGUUAUUCGAUUGCAGCAGCUGGUGAUUUAAAUCAGGAUGGUUACAAUGAUUUUAUCGUUGGUGCGCCAUAUGAUGGUGAUGAUCGUCGAGGUGCCGUGUACGUGUAUCAUGGAGCUAAAAAUGGCGUACGUAAAGAACCAACGCAAAAAAUUGAAGCACGAAAAAUAAACGCUGAUUUAAAAGCAUUUGGAUUUUCGCUUGCUGGUGGUAAAGAUAUCGAUAAAAAUCAAUAUCCAGAUAUUGCGGUUGGUGCUUAUCAAAGUGCUCAUGCAGUGGUUUUUAAAACGAAACCAGUGGUAACAGUAACAGGUUCAUUAACUACAGCUAAGAAUUCAAUUAAUCUCGAAGAUAAAACUUGCUCAACUGAAUUUGGAAUGAUGGCAUGUGAGCAUAUGAAACUUUGUAUGCGAUACGAGGGUAAAGGUCAAUCACCACCAGAUAUUGAUCUGAAACUUCUGUUUCAGCUUGAUUCUAAGAAAACGAUUACACCACGAGCAUUUUUCAGACGAAGAGAUUUGAAUAAUAAACGGAAUACAAAAGUUCACAAGAAAGCAGCAUCACGUGAUCAACCGGAUAUAAUCGAACAAAUAAUGCAUUUACGGAAAGGACAUGAAUACUGUGAAACAUAUGAUAUUUAUGUUUCUGAUACAAUACGUGAUAAAUUAAAUCCGAUACAUAUCAUGGCAAAUUACAGUUAUGAGGAGCGUACAUCCGGUCUGUCAACAUCAGGUCAUCUUGAACCGGCACUAGAUACCACCGUACCAUUGUCGUUUGAAGUUGAGCUUCCGAUAGAUAAAAAUUGUGGUCCAGAUGAGAAAUGCAUUCCGGAUUUACAAGUACAUGCUACUUCAAGCAAGAAGAAAUUCACUAUUGGUGCAGCUGAUCAAUCGCUAAUUGUUAAUGUAACGGUCGCAAAUCAUGGCGAGGAUUCGCAUGAAUCGCAAUUUUUUAUCACAAUACCACCGGGCUUCGAAUACGGUGGUGUUGAGAAUUAUGCCACACAGCGACCAAUUAGUUGCUCACCGCAAUCUAAAACUGGAAAAGAUGAGGAAUACAUAUUUGUAUGUGAUAUUGGUAAUCCAUUAGCCGGUAAUAGUGAAGCAAAAUUCGGAUUCCGUUUAACCGGUACUAAAGUGGAUGCAACAGAUGAAGCAAUCGAAAUUAGAAUGUCUGUUAAUAGUAGCAGUGAAGAAGCUUACGGUCGUGAUCAUGAUAAUGAAUUAACUGUACGAGUUCCAGUUGAAAUUAAAGCUCAACUUUCAUUGGUUGGCCGAUCAACACCAGAACAACUGGAUUACUCAAUACGGAAUCGAACUCCAAGUGAUCCAAUUUUUGAUUCCGAAAUUGGUCCUGUUGUCAGUCACUUAUAUCAGGUUAUAAAUCGCGGUCCAAGUGCGAUUAGUGGUGCUUCAUUAGAUAUUAUUUGGCCAAGUUUUGCUGAAAAUGGAAAACAUUUAUUGUAUUUGAUUGAUGAGCCACAAGUGAAUGAUGCUGACAAAGUAAAAUGUCGCGUGAAACAAGCGCAAAAUAUCAAUCCGGAUAGUUUAACGAUCUCAAAUGAACACAUUCCGACACCAUCAGCAAUCAUUUAUGAUGAUCAAAUACCUAUGCAGCAUUAUGAACGUGAGGAACACGUACGAGAAAUGUAUGAUGAUUAUAAGUUGAGACGACGUCGAAUGCAAAUUCGAUCCGAACAUAUGACUCGUAGACGUAAGAUCAAACGAUCGCAUCAACAAAUGCUAACUGAUCAACGUAGAAUUCGAGUUGUUCAAGCUAAAGAUAAUAUGAAACAAGCAGUUAAAAUGGCUAAAGCAGCUGGAAAAGCUGUCGAAUAUAGAGGACCUCUCAAUCGAGCUAACAUUUUAAGUUCUUUUUUUUUUGAUAUGAAUGAAUUUUUUGAUUUUUAA